AUUCAUUAUACACAUAUAAAAAUUUUUUUUCUUUUUUCUUUUUUCUUUUUAGUUUUUAACGUAAUGGAUCUCAUAUCUUUACCUGAUCAGAUCCUUAUCAAAAUUACAUCGAAAUUAAGCCUACAAGAUUUACUUUCUUUAGGUGAUAGCCAUACAAGACUUCGAUCCUUUAUUUACGAAAGCCCAGAAAUCUGGACAAGCAAUAUUCUUUUCCCUAAAAAUGAUCGAAAAAUCACAGAUAUUUUCAUUCAACUUAUUAUACCACGUAUCACUCGACAUUACGGUAUCCUUUCUCUUCGCAUGAUUCAACUACCCUCAGUCAGUUGGAAGGGGUAUUUUCUAAUUUUUGAUCAAUUUGCCCAUUCUGUUAAACGUAUUCAUAUUGAACUUACUAAUACAAAAGUGCUUUGGGACCUUGCUCACCAUUUAGCUAUCUUUGCUGGUUAUUUAGUAGUUUUACAGAAGACUAACCAAAUACCAAUUACAUUUAAACAAUAUUAUGCGUUACAUGAUGAAGAGCGUUAUGCAGCUAUUUUAGCCAAGUCUAAAUAUCUGGGACAACACAGUCUGGAAGCAUUGUGUGAAAAUCUAGUGAAAAGAUAUCAGUUAGAUGAUCCUCCAUUUGAAAGACUUGAACUUUUUGACUUGAAGUUUGUUUCAGUAUUGGAGACAUAUCAUGAAGUGAAUAAUGCUAUUAGGCAAAUAAAACUAUUAUCUCUAUUUUUAUCAGGCCAUCAUCUUCAACUUGACAAGAGAAAGAGAGGAGAGGAUCAUGGAUUAAAUAAUGAGAGCUAUAAAUAUAUAAAACCUGAUAAAGAAGAAGGACAGUUAUACCAUCAUCAGCCACAGCAUACAUAAUUCAUACGGCAUAACAUAUCAUUAAGUAAUUUUUUCUUAAAACAUAAUAAAAUGGUAUAGUUAAUUUUGAAUAACUAUGUCUUUUCGGAAAUGAUUUUCCACAGAGAUGAAAUAUGAUUUCUUGAAAUGAUGAUUGAGAUGGAAGAAAAACUAGUUAACUCUUAGCAUGUAAAAAUAACUUUGAAGCCUAUACAAAAUGUAUGUUAAGGAGUCUAGUAGUAACCAAGCAGAAAUCUUGACUUUAUUAUUCUUUUGAUUUGCUAUUUUUGUCUUCUUCUAUAUAUCCCAAAUUCUUGAAUAGUGCCGAAAUCUUACAGAAAUACCUUUCUAGAAGUAAAUAGUACAAACAAUAGUAAUUAUUUUGUUAAAUACAGUAGUAUUUCAAUUCCAUAAGAGAUGUAUUUUAUCUUAUAAAUUCC